AUACUGCAAGCAUUCCCGAGACUCUGGAGACAUAGGAGACCAGGAUCAGGAUUUCUCAUUCAAUACAUUACGUUAAUUCAGCCAAUGAUGCAAGACGAAGCGAAACCGCGGCUCCGUGCUCCAAGUUUCACCAUGGGUGAAAGUUUGCUUUUGUGCGACAUUUUAAAAAAGCACAAGCACAUUAUUGAAAACAAAAGGACCGACGGAGCUAGCCUCAAAGAAAAACAAAAAGCGUGGAUGGAGGAGGCUAGCGAAUAUAAUUCCACCACAACAGGUUACAUCCGGACAGUAGAUAGCCUGCAGCAAAAUUAUAAAAAUAUUAAAAAAAGACAAAAAAAAACAAGCAUCUAGUGCCAUAAUGGGUAUUCCAGUUGAUAGAACUAAUAUUAUAGAGAUGGUAGAGGAGCAUGGUACGUCUCCUGACGGAUGGGAGAAAAUUGCCAACAGCACUGGUGUUCCAGCCGACACUUGUCAGGAAGUUUUUUUGGAGAUGGUAGAGGAGGCAGAUGCGCAAGAAAGAGAGUUAAAGAGAAACACCUUGCGUACAGGCGGGGACCUUUACCAAAAGGCAAUAACGAUUCUCGUAUCGAUAAAGUAAGAGGUUUAGUUCGGCCUGCCAUUGACGGAUGCUAUACAGUGUAUGAUGGUGAUAGCAGUCUGAUCACAACUCAGGAGGGCAUAGUACCGAUUGAAUCAUCGUUUAACCAUGCAGAUGAAGUUCCUGAAAAAGAAGCAACCGAAAAGACUAACCAUGUUGUAGCCGCUACAACAACAACAAACCAUGAUGAAUCGGACUACUUCACAAACGACAGAGCCAAUUUAAAAAAAGAGUCCUCAUCCUUUGUUGACCCGAAAGAGACAACUUUCGUCAGCAGGAAAAGAAACCAUUUCCGAAAAGUUCAGAGUACUGGCGUCUGAAAAGUUGGGAUUAGUAUCGGCUCAAAAGGAACUAUUACAGGUACAGUUAACAGAAGAGGAGGAAAAACUAGAACAUAACCGUUUGUUAAGGAAGAUGCCGAUGGAAGAAGCAAAAAGGCAGUAUGAGGAGAAUGAAGAAAAAUUAAAGCAUGACCGGUUUUUAAGAAAACUCGAAGUUGAAGACGCGCAAAAAAGGUAU